AUGGUCAAGGAAUUGCAGGCGUCGACCGAGACGGAGAACGGCCGAUCGGCCCCCGGAAACACGGAUGAGGCCGGCACGGACAUCAUCACACAGCAGCUUGCACGUGCGCGUCUAUGCAGCCACAACAAAACAAACAACAACAGCAACAGCAACAACAGCAACACCCCGACCAAACAAAACCCCAGCGCCGGUACCAGCGCCGCUAACAACAACAACAACAACAACGGUGAGGGAGGAACUGGCAAAUUUGCCUUUGGGAAUUUCUACAACGUCAGUAUUGACGGCGACGACGGUGACAGAGAUUUCCUCAAGUGCGCGGAGAUGAUUGCAAACAUCAUUCUUUCGCGGCAGUCAUAUAAGAGUUUUGACAAGGGUGAGAUGGAGGUUUUUUUUGGAUCGGAUGCCACGGACUUCAUCGUGCAGGUAGACGUCCAGCAGGCGGGGGAGGAGAGUGUCCUGAGCUUUGAUGGCGGCAUUUUCCGUUUUAAAGGCAUGAGGACUAAAAUCGUCCCAUGGGAGACAUAUGUACGUGAUGUUAAGGCGGUAUUUAGCGCCAUUGAAUCGGGUCCUUGCCUUUCUACGGCGAGGACACGUCUUACCACAAUUGCCGAGAAGUCACGCCUUUACUCUCUUCUUAAUGGUGGGGUGAAUUUGAGUUGUAGCAAAAAGACGCUCGGGGGUGGAAUAUAUUCCAUCUGUGCCCGCGUGGACAACGCUUUGCACCUACCGACUUCCGUGACGGCCCAAAAUUUGCUGGAUUUCAUCAUUACAACAGCGCUGGAACAGCCACGCACGCCGCUGUUUUAUGACGAAAAGGGGAAGGCUGUGCAUCUCAUGGAAUACCUGGAGAGCCACGGUGUGACGGAUCCACGUGAACUGACCGUUCAUGGGCUUGGGAUGCAGCCGCCGCACCACAGAAAUAAGUUCCAGUACUACAACGUGCUUGAUACAAACCUCAAUCCCUCUGGAAAAUUUGGCGCACACCUACUGCAGGCUGUCUUCUCUACAAAUGGACCGAAGGAGGGAGAUCUUUUUGGUGCCCUUAUCCGUCCAGAGUUGGAGAAACGGGAGUUUAAGGACCGACAGGUGGUGGCGACGGAGAUACUCCUCUCUUUUUAUGGACAAAAUGCCGAGGAAUUACAGAGACUUGCGGCGUGGGUGCGGCGACAGGGUUUUAACUCAUUUGAGAUGAACAUGUGGACAUUAUGUAUCCCACGCUCCGCACCACUGCGUGGGCCCAAUGAACAGCCUGUGACAUGCGUUACUUUUGGAGACCAGUUGCGCCAUAUCUUUUACCCUAUGUUCAUGGCAACUCUUUACCCCACGGAUCCCGCAUGGGCGGAUGUGGCAGCACUAUUACGCAAGACCGGUGCGAUCAGCAUUUCCCCAGAACGCAUUUGCCACGCUGAAAACCUUUUGGCAGAUGCUCUGGACCCGGAUGAGAUAAAAUAUGAAGACGUUGUCAAUGAUCACUGCUUCUUUUACUACAUUUGGGCAAAUUUGGUCUCACUAAACGCCCUCCGCACGCGUCUUGGUCUUAAUACAUUCAAUUUUGCUCCUUCUGUCUUUGAGGUGGCACCUGCAUAUGAUCAGCUAGUAUCCAGUUUCCUCUUGGCCGAUGUGGUGUAUCACGUCACGUCGCUAGAGAAGAGUUGGAUUAUGCAGUAUCUUUUCAUGUAUUGCCGUAUUGGAGUCGUUAUGUCGCCGUUACGAGACAAUACACUCAGCAUGUCCUACUUUGAUCAUCCCUUUGUGCGUUACUUUGCGCAAGGAUUGUUGGUGUCUAUAUCAACAUCGGACCCUUUGUACUUCCACCACUCUACCAGUCCCUUACUGGAGGAGUAUGCCACACUGAUGAAACUGCAUUCACUUUUACCAAUGGACGUACGGGAACUGGCACGUAACAGCGUCAUCAACAGUAACUUUCCGUUGGAGAUGAAAC